AUGUUUAAGAAGUACCAAACCAACAAGCAGGAGGUGCUGAGGAGACAAAAUGAGGAUGACGAAAUGAGGGCAGUGAGUGACCCCUGCCAUGACCAGCUCUGUGGAGAACAAGCCAAGUGGCAGUGGGAAAAGGGGGGCAGUGCAUUUCGUCUGUGGAAUAAAGUGUUGAGAAAUGUUUAUGUUUUGCCUCGUUACGUUGUUACUGUUGCCCCAAGUCCCGAAAAUCCCGUGGUGUAUAUUGAAAUGCUGUCUGCAGACUCUUUGGUGGAGGAAGCCGGAUUGAUAACCCCCCAAACAAGCAUAAAAAUUAAGGAGGUGAUCACUUUAGAAUGGUACAGACAUUUGUCAGAAGGCAUUGCAAAAACUUCAGUUGCAGGACUAGAUGAUGUGGGAAAGUCUUUGAAAGAGAUGAUCGAUCUGCCUUUGCGAUUUCCAAAAACUUUUAAGAACCUGGGGCUUUCUGUCCCUAAUGGAGUGCUGUUAAUUGGGCCCCCAGGUGUAGGGAAAACUCUUAUGGUAAAGGCAGUAGCAGAAGAGGUGGGUGCAUUUCUGUUUGGCGUCAGUGGCCCAGCCCUCCAUGGCUCAAGGCCGGGAGAAGGUGAAGAGAAUUUGAGGAGAGUCUUUGAAAAAGGCAGAGAAAUGUCACAGGAAGGCCCAACCAUUCUCUUCUUUGAUGAAAUGGAUUCUUUGUGCCCCAAGCGAGGAAGUUCAAGCAAUGCUCCUGAGGAUCGGAUUGUUGCUCAGCUGCUGACGCUCCUGGAUGGUGCAAGGAGCGAGGGUAAGAUGGUCAUUGUGGCAGCAACAAACAGGCCAGAUGCCUUAGACCCUGCACUCAGAAGACCUGGCAGAUUUGACAGAGAGGUUAUUAUUGGGACCCCAACAGUCACACAAAGAAGAUCCAUCCUGCAGUUGCUCACGUCCAAUAUGCCCAUUUCUGCAGACGUUGAUUUGGCUCAGCUGGCAGAGCUGACCCCUGGCUAUGUGGGAGCUGACCUCACAGCACUCUGCAGGGAAGCUGUUAUGCAGGCUGUGUCCCACAGCUCCUUGGAGUCAACUGAAACUGAAACCAUGAUUAACAUGGGAGAUUUCCAAGAAGCUUUUAAAAAAAUUCAACCAUCCUCUUUUCGAAGUGCAGUUGGACUAACAGAGUGUAAACCUGUGACUUGGGAGCAAAUUGGUGGUCUUGAAGAUCCCUUUUUUAUGUAUUGGCAGAGUAUUGAGUGGCCUAUGAAGUUUCCUCAGGCAUUUGCUCGGAUGGGCCUGUCCCAUCCCAAGGGAAUCCUUCUCUAUGGGCCUUCUGGCUGUGCCAAAACCACGCUGGUGAGGGCUGUGGCCACCAGUUGUCACUGUUCCUUUCUCUCUGUAAGUGGUGCUGACUUGUUCUCACCUUAUGUUGGAGACUCAGAGAAGAUUUUGUCCCAGGUUUUUCGGCAAGCAAGAGCAAACACUCCAGCAAUAAUAUUCCUGGAUGAGAUUGACACUCUCCUGGGGUCUCGGUCACACGGCAGAGCUGGCCCUGGGGUCUCACAGCGGGUUCUGUCUGUUCUCCUCAACGAGUUGGAUGGUGUUGGGCUCAAAGUUACAGAAAGAAGAGGAGGCAAAUUACAGCUUGAGGGGCAGUGCCAAGAACAAAGUGAUGAUGAGGAAAGAAAGCUAGAGUUUCAGGAAACUUUGAACAAAGAUUUCAUGGUAGUUGCUGCAACAAAUAGACCAGAUAUGUUGGAUGAUGCCUUAUUGCGUCCUGGAAGGUUGGACAAGAUGAUCUAUAUUCCACCUCCAGAUCUGAAGGGAAGACUUUCCAUUUUGAAAAUCUGCACUGAAAAAAUUCCAUUGGAUACUGAUGUGUCACUACAAGAUGUGGCAGCCCUAACAGACCUCUUCUCUGGAGCUGAUAUUGAAAAUCUGUGCAAGGAGGCUGCUUUGUUGGCUUUGCAAGAGAAUGGACUUGAAGCAACUGCUGUAAAACACGAGCAUUUUGUGAAAUCACUGAAGACUGUAAAACCAUCCUUAAACAGAAAAGACUUGGAAUUUUAUGAAAAAUUUUAUAAUCAAGAAUUAGCCUCUUGAAUCAAAAAGGAGUGGCAUAGGUAUUUUUAAAUGUAUUGCAAAGAUUUUGAAAAGGCUUACAUCUUUCCUGCUUUUUAAUACUGUACUUACUAGAGGUUUCAGGGUGUAUGAAAACAGUAAAGUUUCACUUGUCAAAGGUCGGUAAUUUCGAUAAUGAAUAAUAAAUUAAAGUCUUGUUUGCUUUG